GCUCGCUGAGGGCAUGUGGUUCGGCGUUGUUUUAAUGCCGUACAUUUUAGUGCAGUGAUUAGUGUAAUCACUGUGUCGCACUUUUCUCUGAUCAAAAAUCAGAAAUCAGAGAAAUCGCAGCUGUUUUGCAUGUAGAAUGCAUGUUUUCUACUGCUCCAGCCACGAGGUUCUGUGCGUGUGCGUGUGUGUGCUUCAAUAGGUGACAGCUCAUUUCGUUGCUGUGGAAAAGUGUUGCUAGAAGAAACGGACAAGCAUGGAAUAGAUAAAACCCAGUAACCUUUGGUUUUGUUUGUGAGGAAAAUAUAUGUGCCUAAUGCUUUGCGAAUUCUUGCGUAGCAACAAAAUGGUGGUUUUGCAAUAAAAUCUAAUUUAUUGUGUGCGUGCGUGCGUUCGUGUUUGCUAUGCGAACGAAUCGGUUUGAAGCAAAACCACCAGUUGCUUGUGUGUGUUUAUUUUGUUUUUCUUUGGCCCGGAUCUCGGGGUCGUGCUUUGGUGUAAUAUGAGGAUGUGUUUGAGGAAUAUUGCGUGACUGCAGAAUAUCGCCAGGAUGAUACAUACCGAACUCUAGGAAGCAGUUCGGUUUUCGGAAUUGUGUUUUGCCGGCACAAGCCUUUUUUUCUUUAGCAGCCAGGGUUGGCUCGAAAAGCAUUUGCCAUAAAUGAGGCACCAGCUUAUCUUGCCAUAAAUGAGGCAACAUAUUAUCUUGCCAUAAUUGAGGCACCAGCUUAUCUGGCCAUAAAUGACGUGUUUCUUAAAAUCGUUGUGAUUUUGAGACCUUUGACCGAUACUAAAUGAGACUUAUGCUGCGUGAUCUACAUAUUGAGAGCUCGACGCAGCGAAUUCCCGAAAAUGGAAAACGAAUUACUUACAUCGAACAAGACUGAGAAGCCUUUUAUUCAACAAAAGAACCGCUGUACGCUGGUUUAAUUCGUGUGUUGUAAAAGUCGCAAGAAUAUCUUGUUCUACAUGACUUGCCGUGGAUAUUUUAUACCCAAGAGUGCAGCCGUGUGUAUUCUAGGAGGUUAUUGUUAAGAGACUAGACUUCGUGUCUAACUGAUCAUUCAAUACUGAUUGUGUGUGUGUCGCUGCACCGUGCCUGCCUGUCUGCCUGGGUGUGCUCUGCCAGCCAUGUCGUCGUUCAACCGGCCCGUCUACACGAUCGCCUCCAUCCGGCAGGAGCUCGCGGACAAUACCCUACAAGUCAAAGCCAUCAUACAGGAAACGUUAGCGUUCCGCGGUUCGUUGGAGGAGCUGAAUGUGCUGAAUGAGGCGGGGCGGGAGAAGCUGGGCAACUUGCGGAGGGGUAUCGAGCGCCUAGGUAUAAUGGCACAGGAUCUAGGCGAUGAAGCGCUAUACAAUGAGGUGGAAGGCCAGCGGAAGCAUUAUGCCGACACACUGCAGCAGUUCCGGAAAGCAAACAUUAGCACGAUGCUCGAGAUCGAGAAGGCGAACAAGAAGGAGCUGUUCCAGGUGAGCCCGAAUGCGAGCGAGAUGCGGCAGCGCUCGGGCAAAGGCCACCGCGCCACGAUGCUGAUACGUUCCGCCACGCAGCGGCUGCAGCAAGAGAACGUCACGGAGCGGAUGCUUUCGAUUACGCAGCAGCUGCACGACACCACGCAACGGUCGGCCGCCAACCUGGAAUCUCUCAUGAACAGCAGUUUCGUAGUGAAAUCGACACAAAACGAGCUCCACAACACGUCCGGCUCGAUAAGCAAUUCCAAGAUGCUGCUGGAGAAGUACGCCCGAAGGGACGCAACCGAUUUCGCGAUCACCGUUUUCGGCGUGAUGUUCUUCUUCGCCACCGUUAUGUUCGUGCUCUGGCGUCGGUUGUUCUGAUGGACCACAGGCAA